GGUUUUAUUCUCUGAAGUGAGUACUCAGAACCACCAGGUGGGAGCUGUGUUGACUACUAUUUCUUUUCCCUUGUUCCCAGUGCUGUCUGGGAAGAUGGCUCUGUGGAUCCCCAGAGGCCUCUGGUCAGCAGCUGUGAUGAUGACCUUGGUGGUGCUGAGCGUCCCAGUGGCUGAGGGCAGAGACUCUCCACCAGAGGAUUUCGUGGUCCAGUUUAAGGGCGAGUGCUACUUCACCAACGGGACGAAGCGGGUGCGGCUCGUGACCAGAUACAUCUAUAACCGGGAGGAGUACGCGCGCUUCGACAGCGACGUGGGGAAGUACCUGGCGCUGACCGAGCUGGGGCGGCCGGACGCUGAGUACUGGAACAGUCAGAAGGACAUCGUGGAGCGGACGCAGGCCGAGGUGGACACCGUGUGCAGACACAACUACGAGAUUCACGAGAGAAUUAUCCUGCAUCAGAGAGUGGAACCUACAGUGACCAUCUCCCCAUCCAGGACGGAGGUUCUGAACCACCACAACAUGCUGGUCUGCUCAGUGACAGAUUUCUACCCAGGCCAGAUCAAAGUUCGGUGGUUUCGGAAUGACCAGGAGGAGAAAGCUGGUGUGGUGUCCACUCCACUUAUUAGGAAUGGGGACUGGACCUUCCAGAUCCUUGUCAUGCUGGAAGUGACUCCCCAGCGAGGAGAUGUCUACACCUGCCAUGUGGAGCACCCCAGCCUCCAGAGCCCCAUCACAGUGGAGUGGCGAGCACAGUCGGAAUCUGCCCAGAGCAAGAUGCUGAGUGGCAUCGGAGGCUUUGUGCUGGGGCUGAUCUUCCUCGGUCUGGGCCUUAUCAUCCGUCACAGGAGCCAGAAAGGACCUCAUGGAUCUCCGCCAACAGGGCUCCUGCGCUGACGCCCGAGGAUACAUGGGAUUCUGCCUUCUCUAAUGUCUGCCUGUCCUUGCCCAGAAUUCCCAGCUACAGACCUUCUUUUCCCCACAUGGAUCAGAGUCCUACAGUGCCUCUGUCACCAUGUCACCUCCUGUGACCCCUGCCCUGAGGAUCUGACUGAGGUCCUGCUUCCUUUUGGGGGCUUCAGAGCCUCUGCCUAUGAGCUCCCUGCCAGCAGCAUCUACUCCCGCCCCAAGGGUUUUUCUGUUUUCAUUCUUCCUUCUCAGAUGGUGCAAGAGGAGCACAUUGAAGCCAUUUAGCUGAAUGUAGAGAUUUUACAGUGAUUAAACAUGAUUAUGAGUUCUCUGUA